AUGUCUCACUCGUUGCUACUCCAUCAAUUCCACAACUCCAUCUCCAUGAAGAAAAACGGAAGGGCCCCCGUCCCCGGCCCAGACGACACCUCGCUCCGGCAUAGACACCUGCAAUUGUCAAAUACCCUGUAUCUAGAAUCGUCCGCCGACAGGCUCCCGAACCAGCCAGAUCCAGACCUGCUUGUGUCUUGGAUCGAUGGGUUGAAGAACAGAGUGGACGACACGCUUGAAAAGCAGCAACAGGAGCUCCUGCAACUACGCAUUUCUGUUAAAAAGGAGGACUUGAAAGAGCGGUACCGCCACGAGGUUUUUCUGGCGCCGUUCGAUAAACUAGGUGAGAUUCUACAGCAACAAGGUGAUGGGAAGGAUGAAGUUAGAGGAGAUUCGCCGUAUCCAGAAGAACAGCAAGUUGGUUCUGGCGAUGAAGAAAGUGAGGAAUUGUCAGAAGGCCUAGAAGAGGAGGACGAUGAUGAUAUCGUUGAGGUGCUUACUGAGGAAGAGGAGCAACAACCUGAGGUAAGUGAAGAAGAAGAGGAAGAUGAGGAAGAAGAAGAAGAAGAAGAAGAAGAAGAAGAGGACGAACACUCGAUCCACGAAAAUGUACAUCACAGCGUUCCCCACGCUCUACAUCCCGAAUUGAGCCAGUUUGCCGAACAGGCUCUCGGUGCAGAAGAACCCUAUGAAGCAGAGGACUACUACGAAGAUGAGGUCGACUUGGACAUGGACGACCACGACGGCGAGUUUGAUGACGAGCUUGCUGAAGAGACUAAUAUGUUUGCUACGCCGAAAUACCAGCUUCGGGACGGUCGGCCUCGGCUUUCGGACUUCCCAGUGCAGCGAGCAGACGAGGAGGAAUCUGAAGAAGAAUCUGAGGAGGAGUCCGCCGAGGAUCAGGAAAUUGACCAAGCCAGCCCUGGGGACGAAGACGAUGGCAUUAUUGUUCUCUCCAGUGACGAGGAACAGAAACAAUCUGAAGCCGAACCAGAGGUGCCUACCUUCCAGCCUGCUAGUCGCCUUCAAUACUCCGAAUACCCAGCCAACCAUCUUGGAGAUGAACCAGAGCAUUACAGUGAAGUCGAGGGAUCCGACGAUGCUGCUCAAGUUUCCGAACAGGAGUCUGAGCAGGAGUCUCGUUCUGAACACUCUGAGGGCGAGUCAGAUGCUGAAUCUGGCAACGAGUCAGAGGGCGUUUCUGAAGCUGAUGGGAACCAGCAGACUGGCUUUGAAUCGGACGACGAGCCCGCUGAAGACGAUACCGUCGAUUCUUCGAAAUACUUUGCAACUGCUAAUGACUCCUUGGACAACAGCCAUUUCGCUGGAAUUGCAUCAGAGGCAUUGACCGAACACGUCUUGCUGGACCUGAAACACCCCUUGGACCGUAUGCUAAGUGACUACCUUGCGGACGUUGAAUCUGAUGGCGGUGCCUUUAAGCCUAGUACCCAGUCCACUGAACCCAUGCCCAUUUUCGAUCAUAAUCAAAUCGAGACCCCUGCUCCCGAAAAAUUCGAUUUGGGAACCCUGUCCGCUGACAAAAAGAGUGAAGAUCCCAGCGAAGGCUCAAUGGCUGAUGCCGAUACAGACAAGGUCGAGGAAACCCAAGAAAGUGAUGUUCCUGCUCCAAUGCCCAGCAUUCCUGUUUUCCGAACCGUCACUCCAGACUCUCCAAAUACUACACUUCAACAACUCAAGGCUACGGAAAGGCGUUUUGGCAUCAAACUUGACGCCGUCAAAGACCUUGAAGCUGAGCUCGGUUUACCACAUUCUGCAUCUUCAGAUAGUGAAUCUGAAUCCGAGAACUUCGUCGAUGCUCCAGCAUACCAGCCCCUUGAGCUCUCCAUCCAGCCAGACAGUGACACAGAAGAGUCUGAAGAAAAAGCAGAUGAUAAUGUGGAAGUCAACAUGGAAGAAGCACUCCAGUCGUUUAUAGAGGAGGUGCAACUGAAGGAUGACUCCAAAAACGAUUACGAUUUGCACAACCUCGGUCAGUCCAUCGAUAAUGUGUCUUCGCGUCUCGCCAAUGAAGCCGUUGAAGCCUACCUUAAGAACGUUCAAGACCAUGAUGAACCUGAGGAAGACCCCAUGGAAGUUGACAAAGAGGAAGAGCAAGCCAACGAUCAGCAUUUUCUGCACGAUAAGAUUCCUAAAGUUACUGUACAUACACUGGAUGUCAGAAGCGCUGAUUCCCCAUCUGAUGACGAAUCCCAGGAGAAAAACAAUCGCACAAGACCUGGCUUUCAUCUGCUCAAGCUCGAUAGUGGAGACAGAAGCUUUCAGCAUGUCGACCAACAUAACGACACAGACGAUUCCUUGUCAUAUGUUUCCGCAAUCGAAACAGAAAAUUCAUCAACCCAGGCUUCUCGUCAAGCCUCUUCUGUGAGCAUCCAGCUGGUUAACAACAAAGAGUUACCUUUUGAAGUCAUCAAGAAAGCACAGAAAGAUCCUCGUCAUAUCGUGCCCAUUUCUGUGGACCAGGAUGGUGAGAAAUACGAAAUGGCACCUUGUCCUGUCCCUGGUGGAUACAACGUUACAUUGAAGGAGGUCUCAUCGUUAGAUAACAAGGAGCCAUCCAUGGCCUCCCUGUCGAGUAUCAUCGUUCAUCCACCACAGGAUUCCAUUGCCAGUGCUGCAAGCACAGCUACCUCGACAACGAACAAUAAUGAUCAAGAAGGAAGGCACCUUUUUGGAGCUGCUUCAGCCCAUGCUGGCCAUGGUAACAGCUCUGGUGAUGACAAAGAUACCGAUCGAGCAAAUGCCAAUGCCUCUGCUGAAGCAGGCUCUCAUGGAAAGGAUCACGAAGCUCAUGCAACGGCGGAAGCAGAUGCAAACAAGUCUAAGGACGGAGAAGCAACUGCCACUGCUGAAGCUGAAUCCAAGUCUGGAAAAGGCAAAGCUGAAGUGACUGCCAAAGCUGACGCUAAUUCUGGUGAUGGCAAAGCUCGUGCUAAAGCAAACACAAAAUCGGAUGACCAAGGAUCCAGUGCAAAUGCAGAAGCUGAUAGCAAAUCAGAGGGCGAUAAUAGUCUGGCGAAGGCAAGUUCCGGUGCUUACUCAAACGGUGAUGAUCUGCAUGCUCAAGCCUCUGCUGAAGCCCAGUCCAACAAGGGAAACGCUUCUGCUUCUGCCGAGGCCUCAAGCUCCAAGAAUAGGAAAGGUGAAGCCCCUCAGAAACCGCUUGAAGAGCAAUCUCAAACCUCGCCGCAAAAGAGGUAUAGUAUUCAGGGGACUGACAAAGAGCCUAAUUACUUCCCAAUCCACGCUCAGAACGAAAAGCCUAGAAGUGAUCUGUCUGAGCUGUCUUCCGAUACCUCAGCCAGUGUCCAACGCCAACGGAAUCCAGGUGAACAACAAGACCAGCCUGAACCUGGUAUUGAUCCUGCUGAUGUUGACGCCCCCCAGAUAAUCGACGAGGAAGCUUCUGAUGAUUUGAAUCCCGACGAUGCUAUUGAAGUCGAUGGAGAGACUUCGGAUGGAAUUGAAGAAGGCUACGAGGAUGCCGAAUCUGGUGACCAACCAGACAUUCAACAAGGUGAUGCUGAAGAUGCGACAAGUCCAGAGCACGAGGAAGAAGAAGAACAGGAAGUCGAACCGGAGAUCAAAGCCAAUGAUAAUGCUGAGGAACUCGCUGGUGUGGAAUUGGAAAACGAGAUUGCUGAUGCCGAAUCUGAGGAUGUCGUUGAAGAAGGACCAUUGAUUAUUGAACCCGAGGCAACUGAACCAAGGUAUGUUGUCUACGAAAGCGGUACCGUCAUUGAGGGCGUGCAGCCUGCUUCUCCAACCUACAUCGAGGAACCUGAAGUGGACGCUACUAGUGAUGAGCAAAUCUCCGAGGCUGUAGAGGAUCUUGUCACAGAAAUUUUCGCCCAUCUUGAUGAUGAUGCCGAGUCUCCUUCCGAAGUUAUCGAACCUGAGGACACUGUUUCUGGUGUCAUUGAGGUAUUCGAAGAAACAACGGAUGUGAUCAGACCAACGUUGGUUGACGAGCUUGAGUCCAGCAGAAACACUCCUGAACCCGUUGACUCGACUGUUCUGGCUGAAGAGAUCGAGGAACAUAGAGGUUUGAAGAGACGCGGAGCCUCCAUCUUGGCUGCUCCUGCGAAGAAGUUGAAGUCUGUUGCUGGAAAACUCAACCCAUUGCAUUGGUUUUCUUCUAGUAACAACUCUCGUCCAAGUUCUGCGGGAUCCAAUAUUUCUGUUCCCGAACUUGAUGAGGUUGAAGACGACAGCAUGUCUGAAGAUGCAUCCUACGAUGAAACAACGUCUGAUUAUCUGGAUGAUGCCUCAAUUGGUUCUGACGUCGAAAGUGAAGGAACUGUUGAGUCAGCAGACCAAGGUUCGACAGACAACGUUGUUCUAGAAAUUGAAAGCAAUCUUCCUGAUGAUGGCGUUUCGUUGCCUGCUGGCCUUGAAGCUAUUGAGCCUACCACCAUCGAAGUCACUAAAGUCUCCAGCGACGGUGAACCUCGAGAAGAUGAAUCCCAUGAAGCAACUGACAGUGCUCCUGGUUUCAUUGAUCAAUUAGGCGACGCCAUUAUCGAUGACGUUGCUGACAAAGAGACCGAGAAAGAAGAAGCAGACGAUCGAGUUUCGGAUGAAGUCGCAAACGAGGUAGCUGAUGAGAUUGUUAAUGACGCAGUUCUAGCAGCUUCUGAGGAAGUUGCCAAGCAUGUGCUUGAAGAAGCUGCUGAAGAGCUCGUCGAGGGCGACGAAAACGAAGAAGCCGCUGACGAUAUCGCGGAGCAAAUUGCGAAGCAAAUUGAUGAUGAAGUUGCUGACGACCUCAUUGAGAAAGCUGAAUCCAAUGCUGCCGAGGCAGAAGUUCUGGCUGAUGACGAAGAGGAAAUCGCCGAGAAUAUUGAGCAAGGAUUGGGCGACAUCGAGAUAGAAGAAGCAGAGUCAAAGCCAGAUGUUGAUGUCGAUGAGUUCGAGGCUCCCACUGACACUGAGCAAGAAGCUGCUACUAUUCCUCCACCACCUAAAACUUCUAGGCCUUGGAGCGCCGCCAGUCUAGAGUCUAUGAGCGAGCUUGAUGAUUCAGUUCCGGCUCUUCCUCAAUUCAAUCUCAUUAGACCGACUUUGGAACGCUUGGCCUCCGCCAAUGACGAAGAGGUACCUGCUCCUGAAGUUGUGGAAACCAAGUUAGAAGAUGCUCCUGUGGAAGACAUUGAAGAGCCUAGAUCUCCCAAGAAAGACCCAUCUUCGGUGUCAGAGAUUUUCAAGAUUCUUGAGGAGAAGAUCAACGAAAAGAUCGAGAAGAGUCAUGAGCCAAAGGAAGAGACAACUGAAGAGCCUAUGGAUGAGCUGCCACUUGAGAAGGAAGAGAACAUCGAAGAGCCAGUCGCCUCGCCAGUCAAGAAAAGAGGUCGCGGUCGUCCUCGCAAAAAGCCAUCUGAGCGUGUGGUCAAGAAAGAAAAGCCCAAAAAGCAUGACAAACCUGGGCGUCCUCGCAAGCAGAAGAUAACUCAGGAGGAAGUCGACGCCGCUAAUGAUGGACCCAGUCGUGUCACCAGGGGUCUGAGAAGAAAGGCUGAUGUUGAUGAAGACGUUGCCAAAGAUGAAGAUGCUGCUGAAGAGAAUGCUCAACCUGGAGCUGAGCCUGCCGAACAAAAAGAAGAGGAAGUGCCAAAGGAAGAGCAGGCCGUUGAGGAUGAAAAGGUGCCUGAGCCAGUGAAUCAGAAACCAGUUGAUGCCAAACCUGAUAGCAAUCAAGACAUUGAAGCAUCUGAGACCCAGCAGCCUCCAGCUGAGCAGCCCACAAGCAUUGCUCUGAGAGUGAGAAGAAGAGCAGCAGCCAAACAUGAUGACGAAGAAGAGGCUGAAAAGGAUACUGAGGUACCUCCAACUGAACCGGAGGCUCCUCCAACUGAAGCUGCUGUUGAAAAGAAGGUAGAUCCACCAGCAGAAGAAGCAGCUGAGAAGGAACCUGAGGUGCCAGCUCAAGAGCCUGAAGCUCCAGCUGCAGAACCUCCAAAACGUCGUACUCGUGGACGCAAGAGAAAGGCCAAGCAGCUGCCCAAGCCUGAACCUGAACCUUCCUUGAAGAUUGAGCCCAAGGCUGAAGAGCCUGCGGAAAAGCCGGCUGAACCUGAACAAAAAGGUACUUUGCAGCCAGAAUUGGCCAAGAAGGUUAAGAAGGAGGAAGAGUCUGAGCCUAAAGCUCGUGCACCAAGAACUAGACGCUCUACCAGACAACAGAAGCACCAGGAAGAGCCUGUGCCUUCGUCUCCACCGCAAUCGCCUAACCAUCUCGCUCCUGGCUUUGAACCCGAACAGCAUCUUUCGCCAGCUAAAAGACGUGGAUCCAGAAAAACUCGUGCUGCUGCCCAAUCUUCCCCUACAGCUGAAUUUAGCCCUCCUAUGCCUAGACUGAGAACGGCUUCAGGAACUUUGAGAACAAGAUCCAAAUCGCCAAUCAAGCGGACGAUCCAGGAACUCUCGCUGGAUAUGGAGGAGGAGCAGCCUAAGCGCAGAAGACGUAAUGUCAGGAAGCAUGUUCAAGAAGUCGAUGCCGAAGAAAAAGAAAGAGAAGAGGAAGGAAGAGGCAGACGCAGAAGAAGGGAGUAA